CCAAUGGAGACGCCGUGAUUGACGCUGCAUACGCGGUAGUUGAUUUACUUUUAUCUAUUUUCUUUUUUGGUGUUAUUGGAAUAGACCUCCGACGGAGGCGGGAUUUUGGCAUGGUCCGUUGCUUCUUCUGCUCCUUUGAACGACGGUUAUCAUCGCUUUUUUUUUCUCUUCUUCUGCCGUUGUACCGGGCUGUUUGAUUGAUUUGCUGAGGUGGAAUUUGCUAGUUGCGUUGCGUUCAGCCACGCAGGAGUUGAGGAAGUGUGGGUAUGGGAAUGAAUGAACCCCUCUCCCCUUCCCCUCCCCCUCUUAACCCAAUCCUUCUCUCAUAUUCUUCGUCCCUUCUUUUUCUUGUUUGUUCGAAUUCUUUCGGCCCAGAGUUUCAUCUCAUGGCAUGUCGUUAGAGCCGUCUGCCUGCCUGCCUGCCUGCCUGCCUGUCUAUUUUUUCCCUUGACACUCAAUGCAUAUACAUCAUGUGCAUGUCGAAACAUCUAUCAAUAUCAGCGUUUCUCUCUCUCACACACACCCAUCCACUCACUCAUACGCGCAGAAAAAAAUAAGGACAGGAAGGGAUAUAUUACACAUCAUACCCAUGACCAAGAUCAUACAUGCACGCAAUGCAUACACACACACACACACACACACACAUAUAUAUAUAUAUAGCCAGCGUGUUUGAACAAUCCCAAAUACCAAACAGCCAGCCCGACCAACAAAUCCAGAAACAACCCCACAACGAGUCAAAACAGGUUGGUACAAAAGAUUGAUUAUAUAGUAGGGAUACCUCUACUUUCUUUCUCCUUCUUUUUCGCCCCUGCGCAUGCAUGUAUCCUCCCCACGCCUCAGUUCUGGUUUGAAACCCCACCAGCCACAGUGUCGAAACGGCUUUGUUUCGCGACACCUUCUCACUCGUACAUAUGCGCGAC